CGCGAUCAGUCACUUCUUGGCAAUGUUGUAAAGAGCACGCGACUACAACCACCUCGGGGGAAUUUGAAAACAAACAAACCAUCUAACAAAACGAACGAGAUAUUAUCCUUUGAUCAGCCAGUUCCAGUCGCUGUGACGUCAUCUUCUGGGUCGCGAACGCACGCACGAACGCCUCCGACAUGCCUGUGAACGCCGCCCACGGUGGGCCCGAGAACCCCCACCCUACCCGCCGCCCCGUCGACAUCAACGUCAUGAAGCGCAACAUGACGAUCGCCAAGGGCUUCCUGGACAUCAGCCUCCUCUCGGCCAACGCCAACCAGCUUAAGAACAUCCUCAACUUCGGAGACAUCGAGAAGGCUUCGUAUUACAUCGUCUUGUCCGGCAUCAUCACCAGCCUCAUCUUCCAGCUGCUGGCGGGCGUGCUGCUCAUCAUCCACGAGCGCUUCGACAUGAACGAUGACAACGAGAGUCAUUCGGGCGACUUCUUCAACAACCUCAUCGUCGCCCUCAUCUUCGCCGUCCUCAUCAUCAACGUCUUCGUGGCGAGCUUCGGCGUGGACAUCGCCCGCCCCCGAGUCUCUGCCGCCACGCCUCCGUCGGGGUACCCGAGCCUGGACUAUGAGAAGGGGUAUUGAGGUCGCCCGAGUGUUAGCUGCGAGUCUCCUUGGGUGA